AUGAAGACCUGGAGCAAUGAAUUAGCUUCUGUAGCUCAGACUUACGCUAAUAAAUGCGUCUGGAGUCACAACAGUGCAAGGUCAUCACAGGCAAGCAGUUUCUACUACGUCGGUGAAAAUAUUUACGUUACAACAAGUUCUUAUGGAUAUUUGGACAGCGGUGUUGCAUCAUGGGUCAAUGAAAAGAAAGACUACGAUUAUGCGUCUAAUUCAUGCAGUGGAGUGUGUGGACACUAUACACAGGUUGUCUGGGCUGACAGUACCAAGCUUGGAUGUGCCGUAGGAAGUUGUGCUACUAUGAAUAUAUGCAACUAUGGACCAGGUGGUAAUUACAAUGGUGUGAAACCUUAUGAACAAGGCACAGCAAGCAAUGACAAUGGAUCAGCAGGAACAUCCGGCGGCUGCAAGUAGAUAGAAUGAGCAAGCAGCGUACAAAAUGGUUUGUUGAAACCCGACGACUAGACAAAAAAUAGUAACUUUCUUUUAUAUUUGUCCAGAACCUUAUAAUUAAAAUAUUUCACGCAUGG